ACUCUUCCAUUUUACGCGCAAUCCAUCCACGCACAAAAAAAAGAGAAAAAAAAAUUGAAAAGAAGAGAUAAGAAUAUCUUUAAAAAGAAGUGUGGAGAAUUCUUUCUUCUCAUAAACAACAACAUGUCGAAAAACGAAAAUGCUAAGGCACAAGCGCCGGAGAAAUCCGACUUUACCAGGAGAUGUAGUUUGCUCAGCCGUUACUUGAAGGAGAAGGGUAGUUUCGGAAACAUAGAUCUUGGCUUGCUCCGAAAACCCCAUUCCAAUCUCGGGUCGCUCGGAACAUCCGAUCCACCAGGGAAACAAAAUGCGAUGCAGAAGGCAGGGCAUUCCAAAGGCGAACCCUCUGCGUCAUCUGGAGGCAAAGUCAAAGAUGUUGCUGACCUCAGUGUAUCACAGCCAGGAAGUUCGCAGCUGACCAUAUUCUUUGGAGGGAAAGUUUUAGUAUAUAAUGAGUUCCCUGCAGACAAAGCUAAAGAGAUUAUGGAAGUAGCAAAACAAGCCAAGCCUCUGACUGAGAUUAACUUUCAGACACCAAUCAAUGUCGAAAACAAAAGCAACAUGGUUCUCCCUGAUCUCAAUGAGCCUACAGAUUCUGCUGAUACUGAUAAUAAUCACCCUACAAAGGAACAACAGCAGCAGCAACAAGAACAAAAUCAGAUCGUGGAACGUAUAGCACGUAGAGCUUCGCUUCAUCGAUUCUUUGCCAAACGGAAAGACAGAGCUGUGGCUAGGGCUCCAUACCAAGUUAACCAAAACGCGGGUCACCAUUGUUAUCCUCCCAAGCCAGAGGCUGUAGCCGGUCAACCACUAGAGCCAGGACAGUCGUCACAAAGACAGCCGGAUAAUGCCAUUGCUCAAACCGAGGCCCAACACAAAUCAGAUGGUGAUAAAGAUGUUAUUAUGGAUAUUGAAGAAGGCCAAAGUUCGAAAGAUCUCGAUCUAAAGCUAUAGUAAUAUAUAUUUGCUAAAUUUCUAUUAGGCACUAAGUUUUUAGAUUAAGGUUUCGAUUUUUCUGACUUAUCUAAGUGAUUUUUUGCUUUCUACUGAGGUUGUAAUCUUAAUCUAACUUGAAUAUUCAUUCAUAAACCCAAUAGUAGAGU